AUGAAAUCUACAAUCACGAUAACCUUGCUAGCACUGAUUAUGGUUGCACGGGCUUCAAGCGGCCUGCAUGAAUCUUAUGAGAACUGUGCUGGUUCGUUCUCAUGUGGGAGCAUCUCCGGAUUCCAAUACCCUUUCUCGAAACCCAAAGAUCCCAGUUACUGUGGGUACCCUGGUUUUGAACUAAACUGCAAUGGUAAGAAUUCACCUAGCAUCCAGAUAAACAACAUGACUUAUCAUAUUUUAAGCAUCGAUGAACCGUCCCAGAUAUUAAAGAUCAUUAGAGAAGAUGUGAAGGAGUCGAUCUGUCCACAUGAUUUUGUUAACACCACUAUCAAUCACAACCUUUUUGAUUACUCUCCAACUUAUAUGAAUAUUACUUUCCUCUAUGGAUGCCCAGAUUCUCUUACUCCUCAUGGGCACCCAUUUUCUUGUCAUGAGAAUGGGAUUGAUAAAGUUCUGGUUUUGCCUGGAGAACAAGGCCCGGGAAUCUGUAAUCAGAGUGUGAUCGUCCCUGUCCCUCUUAUGGAAAUCGGGUCCACAGGGUUGCUGAAUUCAACUGGUUUGGAUCAGGUUCUUCGGGAAGGAUUUGAGGUCAGGUGGAAGCUGGACACCACGGGUUGCAUCCAAUGCACCCAGUCUAAUGGCCGGUGUUAUUACAAUUAUGAUACAAAUCGAACCUCGUGUGCCUGCCCUGGUUCAUCUUUGGAUGCAGAUACAUGUGCAAUGGCUAAAACAAGUGAAACCAGUUCCUCAACCAAACAAAGGUCCCUGACUAUAGGCCUUCCAAUAGCUGGCGGAAUUCUUGCUGCCAUUGGCAUUGGCUCGGGACUCUUUGUUUGCAGAAAACAGAAGAAACGACAUGUUGUGGAAGCAGAUAAAACUCAAAGCAAAGACAGCGCAACCACAACUUCAACUCUUGUUCCAGCCACCAUCACUUCUUAUGCUUCCACAACAACGGAAUUAGGUACCAGUACCUACUUCGGCACCAGAGUUUUCACCUACAAUGAAUUAGAAGCAGCUACAGAUGGUUUUGAUGAAUCAAAAGAACUCGGAGAUGGUGGCUUUGGAACUGUUUAUUAUGGGAAACUCAUGGAGGGUCAAGAAGUAGCAGUCAAAAGGUUAUACCAGAACAGUUUCAAGUGUGUGGAGCAGUUCAUGAAUGAGAUCGAGAUCUUAACAAUGUUAAAUCACGAAAACCUUGUGAAAUUUUUUGGAUGCACUUCAAGACGAAGCAGAGAACUCCUUUUAGUCUACGAGUAUGUAUCCAAUGGCACAGUAGCCGAUCAUCUUCAUGGAAAACUAGCCAAUACUAGUUCCCUUAGCUGGACCUUACGACUCAAUAUAGCCAUAGAAACAGCAGAAGCAUUAGCCUAUCUCCAUGAAUCUGACAUCAUUCACCGUGACGUGAAAACAUGCAACAUUCUUCUAGACAAGAGCUUCCGUGUCAAAGUUGCUGAUUUUGGUCUGUCAAGAUUGUUUCCAAUCAAUGCCACUCAUGUCUCCACUGCACCACAAGGGACACCGGGCUACGUGGACCCUGAAUACUACCAAUGCUACCGGUUAACUGAUAAGAGCGAUGUUUAUAGCUUUGGGGUCGUGUUGAUGGAACUAGUAUCUUCUUUACAAGCUGUUGACACAACUAGACACAGGCAUGAUAUAAACUUGGCUAACAUGGCUAUAAAUAGGAUUCAAAACCGUAGGUUGGAGGAAUUCGUUGACAAACGAAUUGGGUUCGAGAGCAAUGGUUUGGUCAGGCGGAUGGUGACAUUGGUGGCCGAGUUGGGUUUCAGGUGUUUGCAAUGUGAGAAGGAUAUGAGGCCAACAAUGAAAGAAGUGGUGGAGAAUUUAAGAGGGAUACAAAAUCAGGAGUUGAAUGUUCAGAAACCGGAGGUGGUUGACAUUGUGGUGGAUAAUGAUGGUAGUCAUCCGCCUUCGUCUGAUUCAGGAGUUAUGAGUAAAUUGUGA